CACAGCCACUUUUGCUCCCCGGAGUCGUGCAACUCUUCCGAUAUAUCUAAACUACUUUAUGACAUCAUCCUCUUAUUAUCAACAAGCCGCCGGAUGCUCCGACGGAUGUGGGUGGGGUUUGUCUCAAACUGAGCUUGUCCAACACUAUAUAUAGUCCUAAAAAUAUGCUAUACGAAGGGACUACCUAGCGUAAACCCGCAAAGCAUACGCGGCCGUCUUGGCUACCAUCACCAUCUGGUCGUCAUAUAUACUAGCCAUACCCCCAAUACUCUACCUUUUCAUACUCGAAACAUUGAAACCAUGCAGUCUUCUCAUAACGCUGAUAUUGCCAUUGUCGGGGCCGGCAUCGUGGGAUCGGCCCUAGCAUACUUCCUCUCCCUCUCUAGCGGUGACAAGAAAAUCGUCCUCAUUGACCGCUCCUUGACGCCACUCAAAGGAUCCACAGGCCAUGCGCCUGGCUUCGUUGGUCAAUACAAUGACUCUGAGGUCCUCACGCACCUGGCUAAAGACACUGUCCAUGAGUAUACCAAGAUCCCAGGUGGCUUCGACACCGUUGGCGGACUGGAAGUUGCCACGAGCCUCACGGGUGCCGAGCGUCUGAAACGCCGACACGAAUCAGCCCGAAGAGCAGGCCUCCCCGCGGAGCUGAUCUCCCCCGAGCAAGCAACCCGCCUGGCGCCUGCCCUGAUCAAGGGGGACGUCACAGCUGCGUUAUACUUCGCAAGUGACGGCGCCGCCAAUGCUACCCGGAUCACCACGUUCUAUCAGGACGAGGCACGUACCAGAGGAGUCGAACUUCUCGAAGCAGAUGUCACAAAGGUCCACCAUGCCAAUGGUCGCGUGAACGGGGUGAGUACCUCGUCGGGUCUCGUCAGCGCCCAAACCGUCAUCAUCGCCACCGGAAUUUGGGCGUCAGAUCUCUGCGACUUUGGAAUCCCCAUUCCAAUUGUACCAGUCGCGCACCCGUACAUGUACGGCGAAUACCACGAGCCGAAGCCGCUCAAGGCGCCCUGGGUUAGAUGGCCCGAGCAUCACGUCUACGCUCGUGACCAUGGCGCGUUCUAUGGGCUGGGGUCUUACGACCAUCAGCCGAUCGCUCAGCAGCCGAAAGAUAUCGCAAUUGGCGAAUGGAUCCAACAAUUUGACGCGACAUUGUCUCAUGCGCUGCGCUUUAUUCCAGAGGAGACGAAUUUAACUCCUAGGGAAACGUUCAAUGGCAUUUUUUCCAUGACGCCGGAUAAUAUGCCGCUAGUGGGUGCGAUCCCGGGUACGGAUGGUCUGUAUCUGGCUGCAGCAGUCUGGGUUACGCAUGCAGCUGGAGCUGCGAAAUUCUUGGCUGGGAUGAUGAAGGGGGAGGAUGUUGAUGAGGGUCUGAGGAAGGCGUUGGACCCAAGCAGGUUCCAGGGCCGGGAAAUUGAAGAGCUGACGCGGGAGUCGCUGGAUGGAUAUAAUGAGAUCUAUAAGGCUGCGACGGCUUCUCAGUAGUCUGUCAAGUGGUGGCUCGAGUCGGUUUGUAUCGUUGAAGAAGCCAGUAUUCGAAAGGAAAUAUUAGUAAAUAGCGAAAACGGCGAUCGAAAUUCAUGCUUGGGAGCUUCCCCACAAUGUCGAGUCGUCUAGAUGUAAUGAUCAAUUUUUCAAGAACCGCACACCUUCAUGAUUCAAGCGCGCAUCCCCGCCGAGAACCACCGAGUGUCUCCAGAUCAUAACUACUAGAAUCGAAACAAUU